CAACAUUCUGUUCCAGCUUAGAAACAUUUGCAAAUAUAAGCCGAGGUGAGAGUGAGAGAGAACCAUAAAACAGCAGAGAGUGAUUGACGUCGUCCCAAAGUCCUGUGAUUCAUUUAUGAAGAACAAAUUCAGAAACCACCUAAGAUGAUGUGGAGACUGUUACCCAUCUUACUGAUUGGACAGAGGAAAUAUAUAAAUGACACAGCUAAGCAGUGAAAACCAGAGAAGUCAGGAUUUUGUCGUUAUAAACUAAAAGUAGUUAAGCAAUUAAAAAUGAGACUUUUACCACACUUCACAGGAAGGCUGUAUGUAACUCAGCAGACAACAGAUUGCUGCAGCCAGCCAAUGAUUGAUCUGACUGACAAAAACGCAUCUCAGUCUUUGAGCUCCACUAAGGAGUACAGCCGACUGACCAACGCUGACAGGGCCUCUGAUGGGAAUCGCUCCACAUGUUCUCUCACCCUGAUUCACUCUAACUCCUGGUGGAGAAUUGACCUGCAGGGCGUUCACAACAUCUCCUGUGUCAGUAUAUACAACAGGAACUGCUCGAGUCUGAACUUAAAGGCUGCCGAGAUCUACGUAGGAAACUCUCCAAAGGACAACGGCAAACUAGCCUGCAACAUCACAGAGUUCAACGCAGGGCAGAUAAACGUCUUCAAGUUCCCCAAAUCGGUGUUUGGACGCUACGUGAUGGUGGUCAGACCAGGACAAAAAGCCACGGUUCUUUGUGACGUGAACAUCACUGGCACAGCGUUAGAACCUCCAUUCUGUGAUGACUGAUUGUUGUGAAGAAUCCCUGAAAAACUGAGGAGAAAAUCAGAGAUCGGUUCUGAAUCCUGGAUGGACAGAGGCAGACAGAACGGCCCUCUGUUUGAAAUGUUCAUUUUUAUUUCUGUCCUUUUUUUUGGGUGGUUGGUUUGAUUUUCCUUCUUUGAGCAAAACUUAUUAUGUCAUUGUAAUAUUUAUUUGAAUUUGUAUCGGAAGGUUCUGGGUUUGUUUAUGAAGUAUUUGUGAUGUUUAAUGCUAUAAAGCUUGUGGUAAAUGACCGCUGAUGACCAUUGCUUAUUAGGUUGUUUUACUGUUUUAUCAGAAUAAAUGGAGAAGUACA